AGAGACACAGAGAAGAAGAAAUAUUUCCAAAUAUACCAGGCUGAUCUUUCGUAGUUUCUCAGUCUUGCUGUCUGUUGUCCUUUGAAAUCUGUUUCCCACGAGACUCUGGGAAGAUGGAGGUGCAGGGCCUGGGUAACAGCUGCCUUCCUCAGGGCUGGGUACCUGCUCUCCGAGUCUGUGUCUCCAGGCUGUGUGCUCAGACUUGACCAUGUUUGGGCAUGGAGGCUUGCCCCAGAUGGGGACCAAAGGCUGCUUCCCCGGAGACGGGCGGGGAGGCCAAACUUCCUGCUGGAGCUCUGUGGCCUCUUUUGGGGUGGGGGCUGGGGGCCAGGCAGAAAGAAACCAUCUGCUGCUGAAGACCCACAGGGCGCCAGGAAGACUGUGGCUUCAAGGCCUGAAAUAAGAAAGCAGUCGCUGAGGACACCAUGAUGCCUUCUUUCUUCUUUCUUUGCUUGAAAAAUGAUCACUGCCCCCAGUGAAUAUGGUGAAGAAGCUGGUGAUGGCCCAGAAGCGGGGAGAGACACGAGCCCUUUGCCUGGGUGUAACCAUGGUGGUGUGUGCCGUCAUCACCUACUACAUCCUGGUCACGACUGUGCUGCCCCUCUACCAGAAAAGCGUGUGGACCCAGGAAUCUAAGUGUCACCUGAUUGAGACCAACAUCAGGGACCAGGAGGAGCUGAAGGGCAAGAAGGUGCCCCAGUACCCAUGCCUGUGGGUCAACGUGUCAGCUGCGGGCAGGUGGGCUGUGCUGUACCACACGGAGGACACUCGGGACCAGAACCAGCAGUGCUCCUACAUCCCAGGCAGCCUAGACAACUACCAGACGGCCCGGGCCGACGUGGAGAAGGUCAGAGCCAAAUUCCAAGAGCGGCAGGUCUUCUACUGCUUCUCCGCACCUCGGGGGAACGAAACCAGCGUCCUAUUCCAGCGCCUCUAUGGGCCCCAGGCCCUUCUCUUCUCCCUCUUCUGGCCCACCUUCCUGCUGACCGGUGGCCUCCUCAUUAUCGCCAUGGUGAAGAGCAACCAGUACCUGUCCAUCCUGGCGGCCCAGAAGUAGAGCCAUCCAUGCCAUACCACUUGUCAGGGCACAGGGUACUGGCUGGGCCCCCAGGGCUGCUCCCCACUUGCGGACCCAUGCCUUCUCCACCUGCCCUCCCACGCUUCCACUCCAAUCCACCCUGUCUUCUGUUGCAGGACUAAACUUUGAGAAAUCCUUUUGUGAAGUCAUUGCCUGCUCAAGAAUGUACAAUGGCUCCCCAGUGCCUUGGAGGCCAUAAGGCCAGCCAGUUUUAGCUCUCUAUUACCUGUCCCCACUCAACUGACUCAUACCUGUUUCCCGCUGCAUCACUAUAUGCCCCACAGAGAACGAUGAUCGUCACCUCUGUGCCUGAGUUCUCCCUGUUGACUCAAAGUGGUACCCAUCCUCCCCCGGAAGCUGUCCCUAGCGAGCCUCAGUUCUUUGUUUGAAUUCUCUAAUAAGAACAACAGCAGCUCCCAUUUCUAGAACACAUUUACAGUAUUACUAUUUUCUGGGAUAUAAAGUGCCACAUAUAUUUUUAAUUCCAAUAUUAAUAAAUGUAUGCCAAACAACAAUCAGCUGCAAGGAAAUACAGGAGAACUCAUCAAAAUA